UUCACGCAUAUCUAUGAAAUGCAUAAAACCGAAAAAUUUGUUAAUCGCCGCUCUACAGUAGUGAAUUUGUAGUGGACCGUGAAGGUUGUUUAGUGUCUCUUGUUUUCCGGUCGUUGACAUCGUUUUGUUGUUUUUGUUUUUAAAUAGAUUCUUUUUUUGCGUGCAAAUUUGUUCACAAUGGGUUCACGUAGUUCGAAACACGAACCCAAGAGCUACGACAUAGCUCCAGUAGUGUCUGACAAAGAUUUUAAAUAUAAAAGAACACCGAGACCAUUGCCGGAAGUUAAAUUGCCAACGGUGAUAGUUACACCCGAAACCCCCAUUACGGAGGAACAACCGGGUGGGCCUCCAAUUAAUACAUACGACACGAAAGAUGAAACAACAAUUAAACCAGAAGUGACCAAAGAAGAAAUUCAGGUUGCAGUUGUCACAUCCGCCGUGAUCCAAGAAAAUGACAAAGCAGCAGAAGAGGAAGAAGUGAUGGAUCCUCGCGUACCCACUUGGGUCAAUAGGCAAACCAUACAACCUGUGCUAAUGAAGCUGUAUCCCAAUUUCAAUGAAAUCAUUUCGUUCAAAGCCAAACCCGCCUUGGCUGCUGGCGAAAAUUAUUCCACGCUUAUCUUGAGAGUUUAUGUUACAUUUAGCCUCUUGGAUGGGACCAACAAAGAUCUGACCUUUAUGUUAAAGGUAGCUCACGACACUGAGGAAAUGCAGCUAAUGCUGAAACACAUGAACUUCUUCCAAGUCGAAAAUGCCGCCUACAAUGAAGUCCUUCCGGAAAUGGAAGAAAUGUAUCACAAGGCUGGUGUAAAUGUGUCCUUUGGUCCCAAGGCCUACAUUAUGGCCGAAGAAGCUCCCGUCGAUUACUAUUGUUUAAUGGAAGAUUUGGGAUCUCGAAACUUUAAGAAUGCCAAUCGCUUGGAAUGUUUGGAUAUGGAACACACACUGGCAGUGUUGCGCAAAAUGGCUCAGUUACAUGCCGCCUCAGCUGUUCGUGUUCUGCUCAAGGGAGAUUACGAUGAGAAGUUCAAUCGUGAUUUGGAUAAUCCAAUGAGCCGUGGUUUUAUGCAGCAAAUGUUUAGCUCCUUCAAGAAACCAUUUUUGGAUAAUAUCAAGUUGUUUGAGAAUGGUGAAAAAUAUUAUGAUGCAAUGAACAAUUUCUUCGACAACUCUGUUGAAGAGUUCAUGGUAGGUCGUAAACCAAAUCCCGAUUUCUUCAACUGUCUGAAUCAUGGCGAUUCGUGGUCCAAUAACAUUCUCUUCAAAUAUGACGAUAAUGGCAAAUUAGAAGAUGUCCUCUACGUGGAUUUCCAAAAUACCAAUUACGGGUCGCCAGCUCAGGACUUUUUCUAUUUCCUUAUAUCAUCAACACAAAUUGAUAUUAAGGUUGACAAGUUCGAAUACUUCGUGAGCUAUUACCAUCAACAUUUGGUGGAAAAUUUGAAUUUGUUGUCAUAUCCUGAGGAGAAAAUACCCUCUCUAAGAGAAUUCCACAAGCAGCUGAUUACCUAUGGUUCGUGGGCCACAAUUACUGCCUUCAUGACAAUGGGUGUUGUGCUUUUGGAUCCCACCGACAGUGCCAAAUUUGAGAAUUUCAUUGGCGAAGAAAAAGAGAGUGUGGACUUUAAGAAUAACGUUUACUCCAAUCCACGUUAUAUCAAACAUAUUAAUGUGCUGUUGCCCUGGCUGUACAAUCAUGGCUAUAUGGAACCAAAAUUUGCUGCUCUAAAAGCAGAGGAAACAACCCCUGAAGCUGUCUCGGCUCCAUCCACCAAAGACAUUCCGGAAUGGUUAAACGAAUCGUAUUUCGAAGACAUACUCCGUGGAGAAUUUGAAAAUUAUGAAAAAAUUAUCAAGUUCAACGUCAGCCCAGCAACAAAUGCCGGAGAUAACUAUUCGUCGAUAAUGUUGAAGACCGACAUCGAUAUCGAGCUAAAGGAUAAGACCCAACGUAGCCUCUCGUAUAUGGUAAAAAUUCCACCGAAGGGAGAAGAAGCCCUAGCCAUCAUUGCCUUCUUGGGCUCGUUUAAUAAGGAAACACUUGCCUACAAUGAAAUCAUACCUAAACUUGAGAAGAUAUUCAAAGAACAAGCCAACACCGAAGUUGUUUUCGGACCAAAGAGUUACAAACCCACUGUGGACAAUGGGGUGCAGAAAUUGAUUUUGGAAAAUCUACGUUUGAAGGGAUUCAAGAAUGCCGAUCGUUUACAGGGGUUGGAUAUGAAACACACUCUGGAGACCUUAAAGAAAUUGGCACAAUUCCAUGCUGCCUCCGCUUGUUUGUAUGAGGCUGAAGGCCCAUAUCCGGACAUUUUUGAACGCUCCGCUUAUGAGCCAGAAUUUAAGGAAAUGCAUUUGGCCAAAUUUAAGGAUUUCUAUAAUGUCUUCCUCGAUUGCUGCAAGCAAUACGAUGGUCAUGAGGAGUACAUUGAACAGUUGGAAUACUAUUUCAACAAUGCCUAUGAAAGCCUAGCCAAGGCUUUUUCCGUAGAUCGGAGCAAAUUUAAUGUCUUAAAUCAUGGCGAUUGUUGGGUGAACAACAUUAUGUUCCAGUACAACGAUGAGGGUCAAAUAGCCAAUACCUAUUUCGUUGAUUUCCAAUUGAUGUGGUACGGUUCGCCAGCCUUUGACCUCUACUAUUUUAUUUUGUCUUCAACACAAUUUGAAAUGAAAAUCGAUUCUUUUGAUUACUUCGUUCGCUACUAUCAUGAACAACUUAAGACUGCUUUGGAGUUACUUAAAUACCCUAAGGAUAUACCAAGUCUUAAGGAUUUGCAUAUUGAUAUUUUGGAACAUGGACCUUUUGCUCCCUAUGCCGUUUCUGGAGUCAUGUCUGCUGCCUUAUUGGAUCCCACAGAAAAUGCCAGUUUGGAAACAAUGUUGGCAUCUGGUGAAGAUUCCGAUGCCUUUAAGAGAAAUAUGUACCUGAAUCCUCGUUAUCGCAAACAUGCCGAAAUAGUAUUCCCUUGGAUGGUUAGACGCGGUCUUUUGGAUUUGAUCGUUGAAGUGACCGAAACUCAAGCUUCAGAUCCAAAAUUAAAAAACAUCAAAAUCCCCUCUUGGGUUGAUGCCGAACAUUUUGAAGAUAUUUUAAAAGCAGAUUUUACAAAUCUUGAAAAGAUCACCAACAUCACAGCCAAUUCUGCAACUAAGUCUGGUGACAAUUAUGCCUCAAGCCUGCUAAGAGUUAAAGUCGAUGCCCUGCUAAAGGAUGGUAGCAAUGUAAGCAAAUCCUAUAUUCUGAAAUUCCCUUUGCAAUCUGAAGAGGAGAGUGGCAUGGUUUCCAUGUGGAAUUUCUUUGAAAAGGAAAUACUUAUGUACAACAAAUAUUUGCCCGAAUUUGAAGAACUGUACAGCAAAUAUGGUGGUAAAUUUAAUUUCGGACCAAAAUCCUAUCAAUUCACCAAGGAAGUGGGAACUGAUGUGAUCAUUAUGGAAGAUCUCUCAGUGUCUGGUUUCAAGUGUGGCGAUCGUCGUGAAGGUUUAGACAUGACUCAUGUCGAGUGUGUCCUAACCAAAUUGGCCCAAUUCCAUGCUGUAUCGGCUAAAUAUGUUGAAUUGAAUGGUCCAUUCCCAGAGAAGCUGCACAAAGGUAUCUACUCCGAAGAGAGUCGGGCAAUUUUCGAACUCAUGGAUAGAAGAAAAUUUGUCGAUUACUUCAAGGAAUUCGAGAACAAUGAAGAAUAUUUUGAUAAAGUGCCUGCCCUCUUGGAUAAUAUGGUCGAUAUAACUAUUCGUUUGGCUCAAGUCGAUCCUACGGAAUUCAAUGUUCUUAAUCAUGGUGAUGGUUGGCUAAACAAUAUCAUGUUCAAACAUGAUGAAGCCGGUAACAUCAAGGAUGCCUAUUUCGUAGAUUAUCAAGUCUGCAAAUAUGAUUCACCUGCCCAAGAUCUGUGGUAUUUCAUCAUGUCAUCCACGGAACAAUCGAUUAAGGUGGACAGUUUCGACUACUUCAUUCGGUAUUACCAUGAAAAACUGGAGGAGAACCUGAAAAUGUUGGAAUAUUCCGGACACAUCCCCACUUUGAAUGAAUUACAUCAGGUCAUGUUGAAAUAUGGCUACCUAGGCUUCAACACCACCUUUGGCACAACAGCCGUCUGCCUCUUGGAAUCAAAUGAGCACGCCAAUUUGGCCAACUUUGCUGCUGAUACACCCGAAGGCAAAAAAUUCCGUGACGAUUUGUUCUUGAAUUCCAAAUAUAAAGCCAAUGCUGCUAUCGUUUUCCCAUGGCUAGCAAAACGGGGAUGUUUGGAUAUUUAGAGUAGAACCGCAAAAUUAUAAUUAACUAAUUAUAAUAAUUUAUUGUAAAUUUAGUUAUAUUUUUUUGUAAAUUUUUUUCUAACAUUUGUAAAUAAAAAAAA